CCUUUAUGAUGUCCCUCCCUCCAUCGUAUCAAGCCUCUUACAUAGACCCCAUGCUCCAUUUUCUGUGUCUGGUGGCCUUGUAGGUGGUGGGGUGUGUUUUUGUGUCGCUGAAUGGAUUUUGGGAUGGUAGGUUUAGAUGGGUUGGUGUGUUCAGACAGUGGCUUUGCUUCUACUCUUGCUUCAGAUCCUGAGACCAAGCAAAAGUGGUACGGAUCUGGGGGUCUCAAGCAGGAAAGGUCUGUGACUACUGAAGAUGACUGGAGGGACUUUAAAGUGACCAAAACUACUGAUGAUUUCUCAGUCUCCAAGGCAAUGCUGCUCGAGCAGAGAAGUCCUUUGCUGAGAUCUAACAGCACUACACUCUCUGAUGGUCAGCAGAUGCUGAGCUUCUGCUUACCCAACUCACAAACUGUUACAUACCCUUACUAUCACCACACAUCAAGUGGUUAUAGUAGAAGUACAGGCUAUGGCUAUGGAGUCUUAAAUGCUGCAAACAUGCAGGGGGUACUAACCGGGGUUAGAGGACCUUUUACCCCAUCACAAUGGAUGGAGCUUGAACACCAGGCCUUGAUCUACAAAUACAUCACUGCAAAUGUGCCCAUCCCAUCAAAUCUUCUCAUCCCAAUAAGAAAAGCCCUUGAAUCUGCUGGCUUACCUAGCUUCUCUGGCCUUAGACCCAAUACUUGGGAAUGGGGUUCUUACCAUAUGGGAUUCUCUAACAACAAUGAUCCGGAGCCGGGAAGGUGUCGCCGGACCGAUGGGAAGAAAUGGCGGUGCUCUAGAGAUGCAGUUGCCGACCAGAAGUAUUGUGAGCGGCACAUGAACAGAGGCCGCCAUCGUUCAAGAAAGCCUGUGGAAGGUCAAACUGGCCAUUCCGUCUCCGGACUCACCACAACCACAACCACAACUACUAAGUUGAUGCCAAUGACUUCCUCCUCAUCGGCAUCUGUGGUCACCGGGAACGGCGCAACCAACAGCCUCGGCCUCUCGCACCAACACCAAUUCAGUAACUUGCAGCCUGCUGCACCUAAUUCUUCUCCAUCCCCCAAUCUUAGCAGGAGUUAUAUGAACAAGGAGAAUAUGGGUGAUAGAGUUCAAAAUACAACAGGCCUCUCCAUGCUUAUUCCGACCAUUGGCCUAAAAGAAAACCAAUAUUCCAUGCCAAAACAGCAGUAUCUGUAUGGAGAACCUCGGGCGGAGUUUGGAUUUGUCUCCACUGACUCCUUGCUCAAUCCUUUGAACAAAAGCUCUUCGCUCACUGACUGCAGAAACUAUGGUUCAUCUGAAGACCUCAAUGAGCGUGUGAACAAAUCACAAAAUUUACUUCACCAAUUCAUGGAUGACUGGCCUAACAGCCAGUCUGAACGAUCAGCCAUUUUGUGGCCUAAUAUUGAUAUGCAGUCAGACAGAACCCAACUCUCUAUUGCAAUUCCCAUGGCUUCCUCAGAUUUCAUGUCAGGUACUUCGUCUCCCACCAAAGAAAAGCUUGCACUUUCACCUCUCCGAUUAUCACGGGAGCUUGAACCAACCAAGAGGGUUUUGGGGGUGGGUAUGGUCCUCAACCAAAGGCAACCAAAUUGGGGCCCCAUUUCCUGUGAGACUUCCAUGUGUGGACCUCUUGGAGAGGUUCUGCAUAGCACAAGUAACAGUGCAAGCGACUGCAAGAAGGCAUCGGUUCUUAACCUCAUGACUGAGUGUCCCAGCUUGGCAUCAUCUCCGACUGGGGUUUUACAGAAGGCCACAUUUAGAUCUCUCUCCAACAGCAGCGCUGGGAGCAGCCCAAGAGCUGAGAAUAACAAGACACUUGAAGUGGGUUUCUCCAGUGGCAUCCAUGGCUCAACUCUUAUGAAUCCCUCCUUGCCUGCUUUGUAACCAUCUUCUUAUCCAAACCUGAGAAGACAUUCGGUAAUGUUCAAUGAAGUGAGUUUUUCUCUGUGCUAACAAAGUUUUGCUUACAACUAAGCUUUGUCAGUUGGAAUUUGUUUAUUUCUAUGGUUCUGUAUUCUGUUUACCUUUCGGGAAUGUUUUCGGUUUUUUUUUU